AUGGCAAGUUCUUAUCCACAUAAGGGGUCACAGGCAAAUCCUUAUUCAUGUAAGGGGGUUCGCGGGCGAAUCCUUACAAAUGGAGUGCACCAGGGAAGUUGGUGUGGGUUGAGGUGCAGGGGUGAACAUGAGAAGAACAGAUGGAUAGAGUUGGACCCAACACAGGCGGCGCUAGGCCGGAUGCGGAAGCUGUUCUCCAUUUGUUCCGAUUGGAGUCUGCCAGUACGGGAGUGCAGCGCACUGCAACAUCAGAACCCAACACAAAAACCCGAGAAAAACGCAGGUGAAUACUCCGGUACUCCGUCACUCCGACAGAAUUCCGCGAAUGCAAUCCCGUCCAUCAAAGCACAUCGAAGAAAAGCGAGCCAAGACAGGGCGCGGCUGACUAAUUUGGCGCCGGACUAUCGUGUGGCCGAGCCGUCUACGGGCCAGGGUGGGUCCGCGCCCGUGAAACAACGGAACAGAUCGUCUUGGCGGCUUGGCAGCUUAGUCACGCUGGGUCCGGCAAAUCACCGUUGCGUCGGCGUCGAAAGGACGGAUGAACAGACGCAGCCAAUUCCUGCACUGGACAUGGAUGGAUGGAUGGAUGGGGGAGCACGGAGGGUGUCUGCCUGGAGCCAGUCUUCCGGCCGGUACUGUACUGUUGAUGUCGAAGUUAAAAGCAACCUUUUUCAACUCAGGGCAAGCAGAGAGCAUCUGACUCAUUGA